AUAACUAUAUAAUGUGAGUUUCCAUGUCCAGUUUAUUACACCGAAACUGAAUCUUUUGUUUACAUUUCCAUAAAAAAAAUUCGACAUUGAUUUGAUAUUAGCCAAUAAACAAUGGCGAUAAUGGAUCUAUUACGAGCAUAUCCCAAUUUUGGUGAGCUAGCGUUUAAUUCAAGAGGAUUAUUCCCUGGAAAAUUAGGCAACUCUUCCGCAGCUGCGUACGCCUUCAGCCUCCCUUUCGCUUUUGGGGCUUUACUUGGGAAUGGAGUGACGCAAUAUGCUUAUUGCGAUGUUGGUGCCACGUUAAGCGAAGAUUAUCUUUCUAAAAUACGGGUUGCAUCUGGAAAAAUCUUCCAAAAUGAUGCCCUGACAUACAGUACAAAGCAGUAUGAUAUUCAAAUGAAGCCACUUUUCUCAGCUUUCCACUGGAAAGCUCUCACGAUGACAUCACUGAGGUCAUUUUCGAUAUUCUAUCUUCCUCUUCUAGAACCACACUUAUGCAUGGAAGAGGAUGAAGACGACUUCCUAGCAGAUGAUAUGGGAGAAAAUAAAAUAGACUUGGUGAUUCCUUUUAAAAAAUCAGUUAGACAAAUAAUGCUUGAGACGACAGUAAUCACAACAAGGCGCCUUCUUGAAAGAGUUGUAGUUUAUUAUGGUUCACAACGCAUGGCAUGGAAAAUUCUCAAAGAUGUCCCCCAUUCCGCCCUUCGGAAGGCUGGAAGACAUAUGUCGAUUUUCAAAUACAUAUACUGUGUCGGUAGAACUACUUUUAGAGGACAUUUCUUAGGAGUUUUAGCUUCAUGGAUUGUUCACAUUGGCAUAGACAUCUACCAGUUCUUUUCUUCUGUUUCCAAAGCCAGAAAAGUCAUAGACUCAAACGUUGACAAAACGAAACAAGUAAGAAUUCUUAGAAGAAAGGUCUCGGGUGCCACUGUCGGGUGUUGUGCUUCACUCUUCUUCGCCUCAGUAGGGGCCGGAAUAGGGGCGAGUUUAACUCGCCCUUCUGUAGGACAAUGGAUUGGAAGUGGCUUGGGGGAUGUAGCAGGGCCUAUUAUCAUCGCCUUUUGUUUUGAAAAAGCUCGUGGUGAGAUCUAAUGCUUCUUUCAGGAUAAAAGAUAAUAGUUUAUGUCCUAUUCAACGAUUACAUCUAAGAAAAUCAUUACAUGGUUCAUAUUGACUUUGCACUAAGCUAGUGUAGUGGAAGAUUGUUAGUACUUAUAUAUUGAAGAUAACUUUUUUGGAAGUUAAGUGGGAAUCAAUAUAUAGGUACACUGAAUGAAUAAACCUUGAUUAGAAUAGAACCAAUAUAUUUUUGUUUUUCUUA